AUGGCGCUCCUCCUCUCCCUGUCGAUUGCUGCUACGGCCUUAGCUCAGACACCAGCCUUGCCUCCUUAUUUACAGACGGCUUCAGCUGCAUUCACUGGUCAACCAUACUUUCCCAGCUCGCUGUUCGCCGAGUACUGGCCUGGGUUUGAGCCUACUCAAACGUCCGUCCAGCCUCAGCCUAAGAUCACAGAUCCCGUGAGUGGGACGAUCUACCCUAUGGAACUGACGGACCCGGACACGAUCCCCGACGCGAAUCCUUAUGUCAUUCCUCCCUCACUGCUCUUCCCGGACGCGGUCACAGGACCCCUGCUGCCGAAUAUGAACCUGUUUACUCCAGGCUCACUUGCGCUCGCGGCACAGACUCUUCAGAGCAUCCUCGAGAUCACGAACAGCUCCCAGAUUGAGGGCACGUGCGGGAAAUGCUUGGCUGCCCUUGGGGUGGUGAAGAUGCUGGCUACAACUGCUCCCUGGGAAGUCUCUGGUGUUAUCAUCGAGCUCUGCAACAUCUUCGGUUAUAAGAGCUACGGCACUUGCGCUGAGCAGUUUGCGGUGAUCACCGACGGGCAGAUUGCUACUCAAGUAUUGGCACUCGCAGAUGUUACGAGCCAGGAUGGAGAGUACCUAUGUGCUCUCUGGUUAGGUAGUUCCUGUUCUCUUCCAGCCGUCAACACGCUCGACCUAACAGGGUACUUCGCCUCUCCCAAGCCGGCAAACGCAGCCGCUCCUCCUCCAAGUGGCAAACGUGUCCGUGUUCUCCAUGUCUCCGACUUUCACCUCGAUCCCCGUUACUCCACCUAUUCGGAGGCCGACUGCUCGAGCGGGCUUUGCUGCCGUUCGUGUAGCAACAACCUCGCGAGCCCGAACACAACUGUCUUCCCCGCCCCUCGCUACGGAGCGUUCCUGUGCGAUACGCCGUAUGACCUUGCCGGUGUUGCAGUCGAAGCUAUCCCGGUCCUUGCCGGAGCUGGUCCGACCGGACGGGAAUUCGAUUUUGCUAUCUUCACUGGUGACCUCGUUUCACAUGACAAUGAUCACCAGCUCGGACGCGCGUAUGUCGAAUACGAGGAGACAUCAAUCUACUCGAUGAUGAAGCAAAUCAUUGGAUAUGCUCCCCUCUACCCUACUCUAGGUAACCACGACACCUGGCCUCAAGCAUACAAUUCCCCUCUGAGCCUUCAGCCGGAGUAUCUGGCAAACCAGUUUUCUUGGGACUAUGAGCAUAUCUCAGCACUUUGGGCUCAGCAGGACUGGAUUGACAGUACGGCGUAUCAGUACGCUAGUGUUCACUAUGGCGGAUAUGCGUACACUACAUGGAGGGGCCUGAAGAUCAUUUCCUUCAACACGGAUUUCUGGUACCGCGACAACUGGUUCAACUACUUGAACACCUCUGACCCCGAUAUCUCCGGUCAAUUCCGCUGGAUGGCGGAUGAGCUUCAAGCAUCGUUGACCGCUAUUCCCCGCAUUGUCAUUACCGAGAUCUUCUUUGGCCACACACACGAAGACGAGUUCUCCAUAUUCUACGCCAACAAUGGCACCACAAUGUCGGCGGAAACUGCGGUCGCUACUGGAUGGACUGCUCCUUCCCUCACUCCGCUAACCAACCUGAGCUCUGGGUUCCGCGCGUAUGAUAUCGACCCUGUCACGUUCAACAUCCUCGAUUCUUACACGUGGUUCUCGAACGUCACCGCAGCCCCCGCACUGGACAACCAGUCUGCCGUCGGUGCGACAUACACGUUCGAGUAUUCUGCACGCGAAGCGUACGGAGCCAACAUCUCCUGGCCUGUAGACGCGCCGCUCAACGCCACCUGGUGGCAUCUCGUCACUGAACAAUGGGAAGUCAACCCGAGCCUUGUGGAGAAGUUCACGAUAUAUGAAGGGAAGAGCUCGACGUAUACGACCAACUGCACCAGCACGGCAUGCGUGCAGUCGAAGAUUUGUUAUGCCCGGUCGGGCUCUGUUCCGCUUGCCGGUCUGUGCCCGUACGGGUCGACGUACGGGUCCGUCCAAUAA